AUGCUCACAUCAGGAGUCGGUACCACCGAUACCGUACCUUCCGGGUGUCUGGUCACCUUGAGAUUGACUUUUUCCACGAUAGCAGAUUUGAGCGAGGGGGUCGUGGUCCCCCCGCCCCUCUCCCCUUGUCAGAUGUCGACGCGGGGGGACAGGGACAAGAAUCCCCCUCGCGCCGUUCUUCAGGGUUCCGAAGCCCCAAAGGUUUUUUCCAAGAGACCUAUUCCUCUUGCCCCUUUUUCCACUCAUGCUCGGAUAACGGGGAUCGCGAGCAUGCCUGAAAGAUCUUGGAUUCACACUACCAUACGUCGGCGCAAAAAACACCCAGAUAACAGCGUUGUACGCCAAUCAGGCGUAUCACUAGGGGCCAGCGCCGGCGUCACUCAAAGGUUAGCACCCUGUACCGGAGGAGGAGCGAAUCUCAACUCAACUCAACAGUGCACGAUGUGCCAACCCAAGGACACCUUCGCAACAACUCAAUUCAACUUAUUUCAACAGCUCAUACAUGCAGUGCGCAUCAAUGUAGCGACAGCGCAUACCACUCCGCAAUGCAACGCUGUACUCCGGAAUUGGUUGACAGAUCAUGCAGUGUGCACCGGCGCAGCGAAGCAAAGCGAUGGCACGAACAUUCUUGCAGUUAAUAUUAUGUCUCUGUUGCUGGUUGAGGUCACACAAUGCGCACCGAUGCUAGGACGACACAUGCCUUCCCACAAUGCAUCACUGUGCCACUGCAGUCAAUAUACAGAUCCUGUGGUGCAUUCCAGUGCAACAUCAAUAUACGUAUUUCCGCAAUAUGAUAUUUUAUCCCUGCAGUUGGUUACAGGUUAUGGAGUAUGCACAGCGGCAGUGACAGUCCAUGCGCCCCCGCAGUACAGCAAUAUAUCCUACCGACAGUCACGGACCGACAGCAGUUAA